AUGGCAGACAAGGACUCCGACUACGAGAACCGACCGCACGAGCGGUCGACGAUGCAGCAGGAGAAGGCUGUAAACAAAGCGAAGAAAGACAAACGCGAGGCCGGCCUGCAAUCCGCACGGUCGCGCUCAUCAUCGCGCCGCGCCCGCCGCAACCGCAUCGAAGAAGAUAAGAAGAACGGAAAAUACAUGCACACAACCUCUCUCGAAGCCCUCGAAGAAGCCGAUGCAAACGGCGAUCUUCAAAAGAUGGGAAUGUUCGAGCGUAUCGGCCCGGACAGCACAUCUAUGGACGGACCCGUCACAUAUGCGCGAGCGAUGCGAGGCGAAAUUCCAAUGCGCGGUACCGAUCCCGACCAGCCGUACCGAAUGGAGCCACAACAAAAGGGCAGCGAACUCAAGGACCAGGACGGAUUGAAGUUGACGCUGGAGGCGAAUUUGGAAAUUGAAAUUGAACUUAAAGCGAGUAUUCGAGGUGAUUUGACGUUGAGUUUGUAG